UUUUUUUCAAAUCCUGACCAAGGGUGCGGUGCCAGCAAGCCAGAGGCAGGGAGCAGGCACUUGCCAUGGUAUCACCAGGAGGAUUUCCAGGCUCAUUGCUCUCCCCAGCCCAGGGGACACAGCCCCAGGUGCCCAACACCAGUCCCCUUGAUAGAACCUAAUGCUGUCGGCACCGAACUCCUCGCAGCCUAAGGAGAGGAUGCAUUGGCAAGCGAGCAUCACACACCCAGCGAUUCCAGCCUUAUCUCCUACACACCCAACCUCCACGGCCGACCAGGAGAAGCCCUCUCGGCCACCUCAGCAAGGAAAGCCCUUCGCCACCGAGGGAAAGGAGGAGGAGGAGGAGGAGGAGGAGGAGGAGGAGGAGGAGACGCCUCAGCCCCCUCGCCCCCCCAGCCCGCAGCGCGCAGGCUCCCGACAUGGCGGCGGGGAGGCGCCGGAAGCUGCGCGGCUGAGGCGGGCGGCGUGGGGAGGCAGGAGCCCGCUGGGGGACGGCCCUUGCCCGCCUAGCACGCGUGGGGCAGCCCGCUGAGGGGGCCUGGGGAGCCCGGGGAAGCGAAGGGGGCAAGGGGAGACGCCGAGAGCCUGGCAGCGGGAGUCUUUGAAAAAAUCCUUAGUGGUCAUGACAUUGUUACAAGUGACAUAAAUUAGCCAGUGGCUCAGAGUGAUGGAUACCCAGAAGACUACAAAUGGUUUGCAAGUGGUUGGACAAGGGACUGGUAUAGGGAAAUCGACACUCCACAUGGUGGGGUAUUUGGGAAAAAGCUGUAAUUCUGUGGAGAUAACUUCGCCUGAAUAUUGUCCAGUCUGCAAAGCCAAGGGCCAGAUCCAAGCUUUACGCACUUACCGCAUCAAUUUUCAAGAGUCCAUUUUUCUUUGUGAAAAUCCUCAGUGUAUCUACCCACUUGGUUAUAAACCGUUUAACAGCAUCAUCAUUUCUGCUGAUUCAGAAAAUCACCAAGUUCCAUCUACUGAUAAGAAAAGGAAACUGUGUGAUAUCAGUGACUUUUCUGCCACUGAAUCAAAUCCGAAACGAGCCAGGACUAACAAUGCGGUAAAGGUUGAGCAGACUGUUAAUACGGACCCUGUUGUCAAAAGCUGUGAGAAUAGCUUACCUAUCCCCAAGUUAAGUGCACGUGACGUGUUACAAAAUGACCAGCAAAAACCGAGUAAUGGGGAGUCCUUCAAGCAGAAGGUGGAUUUCGAAACGACCACCAACACCAACAGCCAUCAAGAAAAUCUGCCUGAGACUCCUAGUCCCAGAAGACAACUCCUGCCAAAUCCUGAACACUGCACGACAGCAUCUGAAAUAUUGCUCGGAAGUGAUAAAGGUUCCACAAAUAACACAGAUUUAUGUCUUCAGUGGAGAAACAGGCAUAAUCUUUGUUGGCUGGAUUGCAUUUUGUCAGCGUUGGUACACUUAGAGACAUUAAAAUUUGCUCUAACGGAAAAAUGUAAUGAUGAAAAAUGUUUACUCCAGAGACUCUUAACAAAAUAUAAUCAAGCAGCUGUGCUUCUGAAUACCUGUAAAAGGAGUAAAUUAAAAGAUGUUCUUCCAAAAGCAGAAUUGCAUCUCAAUGAAAUCAGAAGCAGAAUUUUUACGCAGCUUCAGCCUCUGCUUAAAUGUGGAUUGGGUGAGGAGGAAAGUCCAGUGUUUGCACUCUCUCUGCUCUUAAAACAGGAUCAACAAGCUGAGAAACUAUUUUUGCAUUCAUUUUCAUGGAAGUUUGAAUGCAUAUGCUGUGGCUACAAACACCAGGACCGUGACAGAUCUCAAAGAAGACGGAUGAUUUUGGAAAAAAUACCCUCAAUAUUAAUGAUACAUUUUGUGGAAGGUUUGCCACAUAACGACCUGAGGAAUUAUUCAUUUCAGUUUGAAGAAGAUUUCUACGAAAUAGCAUCGGUUAUUCAGUAUCAAACAAAUAAGAAGCAUUUCAUAACCUGGUCUUUGAAUCCUGAUGGAACUUGGCUUGAAUGCGAUGAUUUAAAGGGUCCAUAUUGCAGGAGACAUAAAAGAUUUGAAGUUCCUCCAGGAGAGAUUCAUAUUGUUAUCUGGGAAAAGAAAACAUCCCAUGUGCCAGAACAGAAUUCCAAGGCUCAGGGGAAAAAUGUUGAAGAUUCACCUUCUAAUAACGCACAGUCAAGUUCCACAGUGUUGCACUGUGGUUUUGAUAACACCAUAGACAAAAUACUUGCAGAACAUCACAAAGAGGAUUCCGUGAGAAUUCCAGAUAAGAAACAACAGCAGGUAGCUGAGGUUGAAACUCAUCAUGGCUUAGAAAAUCUGGCAUGCGAUGAUCUUGUAACUGUGAUGCUCGAAGAGCUUCAGGUUGACUCAGAAUGUAAAUCACUGUCGAACGGACAGAUGGUGGGAAAUAGCCGUGUUGAAAUGGGCACACUGGAACAGCAGGAAUCAGCUCUUUCACCUAACGCUCCAUGUGAGAUUGCUGCAGCUGGUCUAGCUAUGAACAACACAUGCACACUACCUGAAAAUUCCAGCGUUUGCUUACCUCUACAAGAGUCGAACCCAGCAAAUAUCACUCCUCCUGUGCCCCAAAAUCACAACCCCGACCCACUUGACUCACCACUUGCUCAAAGCACAGAUGACAGAGCUAAUUUACUUAACAGAGAACAGGGUUUAAAUUCAGAACUAGAGAUAAACCGUAAAUUGCCACCAGUAGGGAAUAUCGGACAAAAAUCACCUGACUUGAAAGGUGCAGGCAAAACUGUAGUUCAUUCUAAGGUUGCAAAUUCUUCUGCUGAUAAUAAUUCCUUUCAGCCUUCGCACAAAGACCAAAAAAGAGGAUUUGUUGGAAGCUGGGUAAAAAAAAUGUUAAGCAAGAAUACUUCUUUUAUGCCUUCAAGUGCCUCAGCUCCAAAGAUUGAGAGAAGUUGCAGAACUCCCUCAGUGCAAAAAUUAAAUGACAUGCCGUUGCCAGUUAAAAGAGCGAGUAACUUUGGGGGAUUUCAAGGCAGAGGCGUGAACAAAACAACUGAGGCCCCAAAGUCAUCGCUUCCUCGGAGCAAAGGUACUAAUUUUUUAUCAAAUUUCAAAGGAUUUUCUCAAGGCACUUGUCUUCCUAUGAAAAAUCAUGCUGCUCUUGAAGGCCCAACUUGGAAUAAGUCGGGAAAUACGCUGAGUACCUCUGGUAAAACGACUCAAUUCCAUUCACCGAGCUAUAAUGCUGGGAAGGUGGAAGAGUCAGAUAGUGACAAAACAAGAAAGCUUCGCCUAAAACUGUUAAAAAAACUUAAUGCUAAGAAGAAGAAGUUGGCUUCGCUGGAUAGACUGGCGGUGGAACAGAUGAAACGUGGAAAACCCGUGACUGGGGAGGUGAGCACCCCGUCACAGACCGAGUCUCACAGUGACAGUGAGUUGCUGCAGAGCUUCUUGAGGGAACUGCAGGAUCAGAUUGAUGCUGCAGGUAGUCCUUCGGAAUUCAGUGUGAACUCAGGGUGCGCUAGCCGUAAUAACAACGAUGAGAUACUAGCGGAAUUGCUGUCCCCUACUUCCACUGUUGCUUCCUCGGAGGUUCCAAGAAGUGACGAUGAGUGCAUGUACAUGGAAAUGGUGGACAGCAGCGGCCCAGCAGCGCUGCCUGCUGAGGAGAGCGCUGUGUCGCAAGCAGCAAUGACAAGCGAGGACCACAAUUACUACAGUCCUGUAAAGGACAGUAAUUAUGAACUUCAUACCGUGAGCAAACCCGGUGUGAAAAAACUCGCUUUUGAAAGCCCCACCAGGGAAGAUAUCCUUGAAGAUCUGUUCUCCAUUUCAGCACCAAGCUCGAUGGCUGGUGACAUAGAUUUACCUCAUUUUGAUGAAACUCUGUUUGAAACUUGGUAAUUACUUGGUUUCUUGGUUUUAUUUUUUUCCAACAUGAUGUAUAUUUUGAAACAAAUCACUAUUAAGUUAUAUUUCCUAACUAGUUUAGUUGUACACUGGCUGUACUUGAACAAUUUGCACUUGAGGUGGUUUUUUUGUGAAAUUUUAUUGUAGUAUACAAGUAAGGUUUUAAUGUGUUUUAUUUUUCCAAAAAACAGUUAUUUUAGCUGUCAAAUGUAAUUAUGUUUUUAAUUAAAGCUCCAAUGAGUAUUAAUUUUUGCUUCUUUUAAUAUGGAAAACUUACCCAUAUUUUAUUGAGUUUGAAAAAUAAUUUCAGUAUCCUUGAUGGUGUAAGAAAUACCUAGGCAGUACUGAUCUAUUUUUCAGGAUUACCCAACUCCUGGUGUCUUUUUGUCUAACUUUUAAAAAAAAUUGCACACAGAAACGAACCUUGUGUAAUAAGAGAUGUUUGCAUCCUUUGGCACAAUUUUCAACACUAAACUCAGAGGUGGUGUUCUGUUAGGAACUCUUCUCAGAGUUACUGUUCUAUAAGCUCUCCCUUCCUCGGAUCCAAGGAAGGACUGAUACAAAAUAGUAGUUCUAUUUAAAGUUAUGGCACAUGCUGAGCUUUUAUCCUGGGUAUCUGAAAUAUAAUUUGUCAGAAUCUUCUUCUGAGCUAGCUCGUUUUUUUAAGUAAAAUGAGUAAGAGCACGGCCAGAGUUUGCCGUGCUAAGAAAGGAUACCAAAUGUAACUUUUAUUUAUGCAUUGCUGCAAAAAACAAUAAUAUUUCUGAGAAUCGAAGUGAACUGUAAGUUAGCACCCUGUACUGUUGUCUGUAGGAGUUUUUUGUGGCUAGAGCAGCGUAGCUCUGUCUGUGUGUGAGAGAACGCCAAGGAGAGACCAGGUUGAUUGGAAGAAGGUAAUGAAGUUCAUGGCAAGAUUGCACUGAGUAGGCGAAGGGAAGAACGUGCACACGCUGGUUGUUUCUGGAUCUGCUUAUAGCUGUCAUUUUGCUAGGUGGGAGUCUUUGGAAAUCGUAGACACAGAGCUGAGGGUAUUAUAUGCUAAAUUGGAUUAACUGUACAUUUUUCUUGUACUUGGAAAUACCGAGGAUUUUAUCAGCAAAUCUUUGUUUUGGCCAUUUUUAGGGAUACUCUGCAUUUUUUCACUUAGACCCCAAAUUCAAAUCAAGUCUUCCAUCUUAACUCUUCAAAUAGAUCUAUUUGAACAUCAUUGUCAAUACAGAGCAUGGCUACAGAUAGAAAUGCUCCUUGAUAGCCUGAACCAAGUUCAAAAAGUGAUUGUAAAACUGUCAGUGACACUGAAUGCACCUCGACAAGCUAUUUCGGUUGUGAUUCCGGAUGUGUUUAUCAAACUGGCAUUUAAGACAAUGAAUAUUUUCAUUCUUGAAAUACCAUUCUUUGUAAAGAAUGGGAGCUCCUCUGCAUUUUAGAUGUUGUAACUGAUACAUUACAAUAAAAAAUAAAUCAACAGGUUCUGAAUGUGAAAUGCCAGUGUACUGCUGGUGAAAUGUUUGUCUAUUCCCUUAUUAAAAAAUAAUGAAUUGUUGAGCAAAUCUAGAGUUUGACUUACUAUAUAAAAACAGUGCCUCUGCACUUG